AUGUCUUUCUCCAAUGGUACUACCAAAGAGCGUAUUUGGGAGUUUUCAGAUUUAUGUCCAUCAGCAGCCAGAAAUGCAGUUAAAGAAAAAGCACAGAAAGCUGUAGCCUCAAAGGCACCAAAACCAGAGGAUAAAAAGGAGCAGUCGACCGCUGGUGGUGAAUUCAUCACGCAAAAAAUUCCUGUUUUGUACAGGACUGAUGAAACACGUGUCCCGAAACUUAGCCGUCUUACAAAAUUACAAACGAGCGAGCGCAUUGCACGAGUCAGCCUUAGGCUCGGUUGGCCAAGAAGCCUUCCUUGA